AUGUCAUAUUUUCUUUUCUUUCCUCUUUAUUUAUUUUCUUUUUUUCCUCUAUAUUUUUCUCCAUUCACUUUUUCUUUCUUUGUUAUUUCGCCGUCUAUUUUUCUUUCUUUCUUUCUUUCUUUCUUUCUUUCUUUAUUUAUUUAUUUUUCUAGGUCCACUUUUUCUUUCUCUGUUUUCACCAUCUCUUUUUCUUUCUUUCUUUUCCUCUUUAUUUUAAUACAUCCACUUUUCUUUCUCUGUUACAGUCACCCUCUCUUUUUCUUUCUUUCUUUCUUUCUUUCUUUCUUUCUUUCUUUCUUUCUCUUCAUCCACUUUUCUUUCUCUGUUAUUUUUACCAUCGCUUUUCUUUCUUUCUUUCUUUCUUUCUUUCCUCUUGCUUUUUCUUCAUCCACUUUUUCUUUCUCUGUUAUUUUUACCAUCGCUUUUGUUUCUUUCUUUCUUUCUUACUUACUUUCUUUCUUUCUUUCUUUCUUUCUUUUCCUCUUUAUUAUUUUCUUUCUUCCUUUAUCUCUACUUCCCUUUUUACUUUUCUUUUCUCCUUUUUUGUUCUUUUUUUUGUUAUUUCUUUUACCUUCUGUCAUUCUCUAUUCCCUAAACAUGUCUAUAUAUUCAUCUACUUUUAAUUAA